GCGGAUCUCAACGUCCGAUUAGAUCCGGAAGCAACUCUGGCAGUUUCUGCUAUAUUCGAGGGCUUAGAAAAUGUUCCAAUCAAUCUUUCUACAAAAAUUUGCUCAUUUGGAAAGGAACAAGUGGAGAAAAUCGAGGAGGGUACACCGCGACCUGAGAAUGGACGAUAUGUGUAUCGAUUUUUGCACAGUCCAAUGUGUGAUUACAUGCGUCGAUUCAUCCAACUAUUUGUUAAACUACCCAAUCGGGACACAAUGAACUCAGUGUUGGAAAAUUUCACAAUUCUUCAUAUUGUGACCAAUAAAACGACAGAUGAGUUGCUUCUGUGCAUCGCGUAUGUUCUGGAGGUAGCCCAAGAAGGCCACGGAGCGCAGCAUCACAUCUACCGGUUGACUCGUUGA